GCGGCGCGGGGCGGGCGCCGCUCGCCGCCGCCGCGGGGCUGCGGCUGCGGCUGGGCUGGGCGCGGGCGGCCGGCGGCGCGCUGGCAGUCGCGGGGGGCGGCGGCGCGGCGCGGCCGGGAGGCAGGCGGGAAGGCGGGAGUGAGACGGCGGCGGCGGCAGCAGCAGCAGCAGCGGCGCCGCGCUCGCCCCGCUGCCCUGGAUGACGGGCGGCCGGUUCGACUUCGACGAUGGCGGCACCUACUGCGGCGGCUGGGAGGACGGCAAAGCCCACGGGCACGGCAUCUGCACCGGGCCCAAGGGGCAGGGCGAGUACGCCGGCUCCUGGUCGCACGGCUUCGAGGUGGUGGGCGGCUACACCUGGCCCAGCGGCAACACCUACCUGGGCUACUGGGCGCAGGGCAAGCGCCACGGGCUGGGAGUGGAGACGAAAGGCAAAUGGAUGUACCGCGGCGAGUGGUCCCACGGCUUCAAGGGGCGCUACGGCGUGCGGCAGAGCCUCAGCACGCCGGCCCGCUACGAGGGCACCUGGAGCAACGGGCUGCAGGACGGCUACGGCGUCGAGACCUACGGGGACGGAGGUACCUACCAGGGGCAGUGGACAGGAGGGAUGCGACAUGGGUAUGGUGUACGUCAGAGUGUACCAUAUGGCAUGGCAACUGUGAUCCGUUCACCCCUCCGAACGUCUCUAGCUUCACUUCGAAGUGAGCAGAGCAAUGGCACCAUUCUGCAUGACGUCACUUCGGACAGUCCAGCUGGAACGAGAGGAGGUUUUGUGCUGAAUUUUCACAGUGAUCCAGAAGCCAUGGGCAUUAAGAAAAAAGGAGGCUUAUUCAGAAGAGGAUCCCUUCUUGGUAGUAUAAAACUUAGGAAAUCUGAAUCUAGAUCAUCAAUAUCUAGCAAACGGAGCUCCGUCAGGAGUGAUGCUGCUAUGAGCAGGAUUAGUUCUAGUGAUGCCAACUCUACAAUUAGUUUUGGAGAUGGUGACUGUGAUUAUUGCCCUAUGGAAGACCAUGUUGAUGCCACCACAACAGAAACCUAUAUGGGUGAAUGGAAGAAUGACAAGCGCAGUGGUUUUGGUAUUAGUGAGCGUUCAAAUGGUAUGAAAUAUGAAGGAGAAUGGCUAAAUAACAGGAGGCAUGGAUAUGGAUGUACCAUGUUUCCAGAUGGCACCAAAGAAGAGGGAAAAUAUAAAAAUAAUGUUUUGGUCCGUGGAAUAAGAAAACAACUUAUACCAAUACGAAACACAAAAACUAGAGAAAAGGUGGAUAGAGCAAUAGAGGGAGCACAGCGAGCAGCUGCCAUGGCAAGAACCAAAGUGGAAAUUGCAACGUCAAGAACUGCACAUGCAAGAGCUAAAGCUGAUGCUGCGGAUCAGGCUGCUCAGUCUGCUCGCCAGGAAUGUGAUAUUGCAAGAGCAGUCGCCAGAGAACUUUCUCCAAACUUCUACCAACCAGGCCCUGAUUAUAUCAAACAAAAAUUUCAAGAAGGAGUGGAGAUGAAAGAAAAAUCUGAAGAAAAAGUCCAGGAAAACCCACCUACCCCAAAAGAGUCACCUCACUUUUAUCGAAAAGGUACUACACCCCCCCGGACCCCAGAAGCAAGUCCAAGGCAUAGUCCUCUGCUUUCUUCUGAGCCUUCCCCUUCAAAACAUCUUAAAAGGCAAAGCUCCACUUCUGGGGCAAGACUCAGUCAAGAAAAAAAGCUUUUAACCACUGAGAGUAUAACACCCACAGUUAACAAGCCUUUAUAUUCAAAAGCACCAGUGAAGGAGGAAAUAGCUGUGAAACACCAGCCAAAGUCUUCAGCCCAUCACAAUCCUCUCAGCACAGAGAAUGGGGAGCUGCAUGGUCACUACCAUAGUUAUUAUGUAAAGAUGAAUCCAACAGCGCUUCCACAGGAGCUCAGGGAAGAAGACGAAUAUGCCAACCCAUCACCGUCAGCACUCGCAAGGAUACCACCCUCACAGAAGCCAAGUCCUGCCAGAUCUGGGGGUAAGCCAGAUGCCAAAGAAAACAAACCUGACACAAAAAUUAAGAAACCAGAAUUUACUGCACCAAAGAAUCCAGCUAAUAAUGAGUCUCAUUCACCAAUGGAAAACGAAGUGGAAAACAGCUCGGGCCCUAACUCAGUCAUGAUUGCCCUGGUAAUGCUGUUGAAUAUUGGUCUAGCCAUUCUUUUUGUCCAUUUUCUAACUUGAUUGGAAUUAGGAAAGCUAUGCCUGAAUGUGAUUCAACAUAGUUAUUUAAUUAUGUAACUGUUUUGACCCUUCAGUGAAGUCAUGACAACUAGUGGUGUUAGCCCACAGUUCUCUGCAGUUGUGUCAUCCGCCUUUUAAAUGGCACCAGUCAUACUCAGACACAGGGAAGGAGGCUUGCAAUUAGGAUGGGACGCAAGAGAGAUGAAACUUGGAAAAUUCAGCCAGGGGCCCGCUCAGUUCUCUGCUGCUGGCUUGUGGCUAUGGGGUCCUCUGAAAGCUGAAGCAAGCAGCCCUGGUGGAAAACGCACAGAGUAAUCUGCUGAAGCAGCCCCGCCAGUGAAGUGCGUUGGCUUCUCCAUCUGUUCCAGCAGAGUGUGACUAAACUGGAAAUGUUCGGAGCUGCACUUUUUGUUGAUGGAAGCUAACAGCUGCCUUACUAUUUUACCGUCUGAUGUUUUUAGUGGGGAGAUGGGAAAGCGACUGCCAGAGGAAUGUGGUCAGAGGAUUCUGUUGCUGUGGAAGUGAUUCCAGCGUUCACUCCUAUCUCAUUAGAAGAAAUAGUUAGCAGCAUCAGUCACCAGUCUUAUUCCAUUACCUGCUGCUUUUAACAUCUCCUGCAGUGUUCGAGGAGAUUGAAUUUCAUUUGCCUGUGCAUGAUUCUGUUCAUUCGCUGUUUAUGAAAUUUGAUGUAUAGCCAUAACGUAGUAUGUAGGCCAACCUGGAGAAAGCUACAGGUUUUGCCUCACAGCAGAAGCACAAGAUGAAAGCAUUGCUCUGUGUUUUUCAUCCGAAGAUAUAAUUCUUAAAUUCAUUUUCCACAAUCUCAAGAGUCUUUUUAAUUUAAGGUUUAGUAAGUAAUACACCAUGACUGCAAAAUUUAAAGCCGUUGCUAUCUUCCUAAAAGCCCUCAAAUGCUUGUGCCAUUAGCAAGCACAAUUUUUCAUAAUAAAAGAAUAAGAAUCUUAAGGCAGUAUCAGCACAUUGUAAAGAGGAAGUGGAAUUUCAGAAUAAUCCAAGAAAGAUAAGAUACAGGGUUUGCAUGUUGGGUUUGGUUGGGGGUUUUUCCUGUUGUUUUUUGUUGUUGUUGUUGUUGUUGUUUUUUCCAAAAGUCUGGUGCUGUGAUAAUUGGUGAUUUGAAUUACUAUGUUUCAGCACUGAGGUAUUUUGCCAGCAGUUAAAAUAAAGUCUUGUCUGAGUGCAAAUCAAUGCCAAUGACAGCUAAGCUAGCUAAUGCUCAUAAUAAAUUGUCAUUAUUUUAAAAUACUAGAUUUGUGUUGAAUACAUUCAGGUAGAGCAUUUAGAACUGUUAAGUGAUUGUUUAUCAAUUUGAUGCCUUCAGUGUCUUUAAGUCCAUUUAUAAUUUUACCUCAGCAUUAAAAAAGCCUCAAAAUUUUUCAUUUGGAAAGUCUGUCUUAAGUAGUUUCACAGCCCUUGGUUAAGAUGAUGUGAUCAUGUUUCUUUUAUGUGUCAUUAUACUGUAAUUAUUGUACCCUAUAUUAAUCAAAAGCAUGCUUAUUUACUUAAAAUAUAUGUGGUGUGAUCAUUUGGAAAGUAAAUAUUUUAAUUUAAAGGUAUGAAAAGCAAGGGCUUGUAUUAUGGUUUAUUUUUUCUCUAUUAGAAAAUAUUUCAUGCAAUAUAGUUUUUGAACCUGUUUGUAAACUUUGUGUUUGCAUGGUUUAAUGGGCAACAUUCUUAAUAAGUACAUUAGAUAUCUUUCGAUGCAGCAUAGUAAAGUAAUAUAGGUGUGGACUGAAUAUUGUGUAGCCAAACAGCUCCAAGCAGGGCAGUAACACCAUGGUGUUUUUUACAGAAUUAUGUUGAGAAUCCUGUGUUUUGACCAGUGUGGAUAAAGAAGAAAGCAGAAAGAGAGCAAAUGAAAAUAAAACCUGUAUAUUUAUUUUUAAAAAAAUUAAAAUUGUGUUUUAAGUUUAGGAAAGUAAUUUUUAAAUAAGAAAAAAUUUUAACAGUUACUGUGUAAGCCUUGACAUAAUGGACAAAAUGUUCCAUCCAACACUGAAAUCACCCUGUCUCCCUACGUGGAGGGAUAAUUUUGUAACUGACAUAUUUAAUUCCUAUUAAAUGUUUAUUUAAAAUACUUUAUGCUCUGGAAAUAAUGGGUUACAAAGCUUAUGAAAAUGUUUAUAAAUUUAAGUAAGCAUGUUAGUACCAUUUAUAAAUAUGUAUCAUUUAUAGGCUUUUUUAAAACAAAGCUCAGACAAAUUGUUGGUAUUUUUCUAAAAUGUGCACAGCUGUAUUUUACAUGAAAGGCUAUUUAUAAUUGGUUGUUAUACUGUACACUACAUUUUGGACAGCACAAUGAAGCCUGCCAAUGUACUUAAUGUCAUUUUGUCUAUUUAAAGUUUCUUGCUGUCAAAGAAUGAACUCUUUAUCUAUAAGUUUCUCUAUUUAUAAUUCUUGAACCCAAAAUGUAUAAUGUACAGUUUUCACAACUGUAUUUGCUCUAAUAAAAACAAGUUGGUUAUUAA